ACGAAAUUACCUUUAUAACGCAGACAUAAACCACGUAUAUAAAUAUUGCCCUGACAGAUAAAAUCUGUUCGAACCAACGCGAGUAAGGUUGUUUUAUCUACAGCCACUUGUAAACAAAAAUCAAUUCGAAUAAAAUGGGAUCCUACCGUCGCGUAUUGUUUAGUUCCACCACACGAACAUAAUAAAAUUGUAGCCACUCGGAUCCGGACAGUCAAACGUGAACAAAAAAAAUGAAAAGCCCUUCAACGCAACAACUGGUAAAGACUAAUUUUUCUCAAGAUUUGGAGAAUUGGAUGACAAACCUCCCAGAAAGUCUUAAAACUGUACCGAUCAUUUUAUUAGCAAUACCAGGUUCCCAUGAUAGUUUCACUGCAAACAUCACCCCUGAUUCAGACUUGUCUCCAGAUGCAGAACCAAUAUUGCAAUAUCUGAGUUGUUUUGGACCAUGUGUUAAAUAUUUUAUAGCAAACUGGUCAAGAACACAAACCUACAUGGCCACACAACAAUUGAAUUGUGGAAUUAGGUAUUUUGAUUUAAGAUUGGCCACAAAAGAAGGCACCGAGAAUUUUUAUUUUGUUCAUGGAUUAUAUUCUGAGAAUGUUUCUACUGUUUUUGCAGAGAUUAAGACGUUUUUGGAUUCACAUCCUGGUGAAAUGAUAAUUUUGGACUGUCAACAUUUCUAUGCCUUUACCCAAGACGAUCACAAUCGUUUCAUGGCCUUAAUCACUAAAACAUUUGAAACCAAACUGCUGCCUUAUUCCGAGCACAUGGAAACACUCACUUUGCAAUAUAUGACCCAAUGCCGAUAUCAGGUGAUAACAAUUUAUAGAUCGGAUGCGAUGCGCUUCGGGCAACCUUUUUUGUGGCCUUCAAAUAGUUUUCCAAAUCCUUGGCCAAACACUGUAUCCACGACUACUUUAUUUAAUUAUCUGAGCAAUGGUUUAAAAUACAGGGACAAAAAUGUCGGUUAUAUUUCCCAAUGUGUUUUAACACCGGACGUUAGUUUUGUUACAAUGAAUUUAUUCAGUACUUUAAAACAGAAAUGUGCGGUGGAAAUAGAAGAAGAUAGGAAGAAAUGGAUAACAGAACAAAGUUCAGGUCCUCAGGGUUUGAAUGUAAUAAUCGGCGAUUUUAUAGAUCUCAACGAUAAUGAAUAUUGUAAAAAUGUUAUCAAUUUAAACAAUGACGUGCUCAACAAUUACUCUAAAAAGAAACGUAUGAGUAUGCCCCAAAUUCAUAAAGGAUAAUUUUGUUUGUGCAUGUGUGUACUAGUAGUAGAAUUAUUAUUGUAGGCAUAAUGUUAUGAAAAAUUUGUGUGUUAACCAAUUAUUUUUAAGAUGAUUAAUUAAUAACGAUUUAAUUUUAAAUUUUGUCCUGUAUGUAUGUCUAAUCCACUUAUCUUUCAAAAGUUUGAUAUACAAUGUUUCUUAUUAAUAUUUCAAUAUGAAAGUUAUGAGUAUUAUAUUAUUUAAUAUAUUCUGUGAUUACUUGUACAAAUUAUUUUUUUUAUUUCAGUUGUAGAUUUUAUAUUCUGUGAUAAUUUUACUUUAUUACUUUCAAAACCAACAGAUUUGCCUUAAAACCAGCCUUACUACAACUCUUGUCCACUAAUACUUUAAGAUGCCUAAUUAGUAUUUUAGAAUAAGUUGUUAUAUAUAUGGUUAUACAAUCUUGUUAAUGAUCUUAUUGUUAAAAUAUAAUCUAAUAAAUUUGAA